AUGCAAGUGCCAUGCUGUAUCGUGAAAGGGUCUAGGAAAGAGCAGUCUGGGUCAACUUCAAGGUGGUACCUAAUUCAAGUCGUCGCUCGUUUUUGGUCGCUUUCGCAAUCGUUCAUUCCUCGCGAUUAUGCACCUUGGCGCGGCUGUUGUGCCGGCCUGAGCCUCACUGCUGCGACCUGCCCAUGCUUCCCCGCGGCACGGGUACCUUGGAAGCGUACGAACACGUACCCUGGGCCAACGAAACGGAGAUACUGUGUGGCCCGAACACAUACGACCUCACCGAGAGGAGAUCGGCUGCCGACGCGGCUUCCCAGCACGUGGAGGCUGGAACAACGGCCGGCAACUCGCGCUGUCCGCAUACGCACUGAAAACAGGAAAGGCUUGACUUCCAUGGCGUCGACGACCCUUUUGUCGAAUUUCCGAUGA